AUGGAUUGUGCUAUGAUUGCCAACAAAUUAAUUCACUUUGCAAAAAGAAAGAAUGACGGGCUUCUUAUUUUGAAGUUGGAUUUCCAUAAGGCGUUUGAUAGUCUUGAUUGGAAUUACAUGUUGAAUUUUAUGCGAGUUAUGUCUUUUCCUGAAAUAUGGAUUCAGUGGAUGUCUACUUGCUUAUCUUCUGCCUUCUCUUCAAUUCUUGUGAAUGGAAGUUCUUUAGAAAGUUUCCCAUUAAAAAUAGGAGUUCGUCAAGGAGAUCUGAUAUCCCCUUAUCUUUUUGUGCUCGCUACAGAAGACUUGAAAAAGCAUUUUGCAAAAAGCAACAGAGAUAGGUCUUAUUACAGGGUUUACUCACUCAGAUAUGACUCCAAUCUCCACUUGGGACCCUGUUAUUCAAAGAUUCAAAUCAAAACUAUCGCUUUAAAGGGUAAUAUGCUUUCGCCUGCAGGAAGGUUAGUAUUGCUGAAAUCAGUUCUCUACAGCUUGCCUAUUUAUUUCAUGUCCAUUCUUGCUAUGCCUGUUAGCGUUCAAUCUGAGCUUGAGUUCUAUAUGAGGAGAUUUUUAUGGAAAGGGGAGACUAAUUCUAGAAUUUUCUUGUCAAAUGUGGGUUUUAUUAUUAGUAAUGGAGAAUCGAUUUCACUUUGGCACAAUGAUUGGUCUGGGAAUGGUUCAUUGGUUUUGAGUUUCCCUCGCUUAUUUCAGCUUUCAAACAUGAAGCAAGCUACUGUCAGCACUCUGCUGUUGUUUCUUCUCCAAGUUGGGACUGCUAGUUCUGCUUCUAUUGUUGGUGAAGACGACAUUAUCUGGAAGCAUGGAAGCAAAGGUUUCUCAGCUGCUUCAGCCUCAACUCUCAUCAGGUCAACACUGUUUGCUCAUAACAGUUUAGCUCCUAUGGUUAAUAAUAGGUCUGCUCUUUUUGAUAAGUAA